AUGCUGCACGCGUACAUCAUUUCCAACAUGCGAAAACUAUUACCCAUUCCCCGGACUCAGUUGUGCGCGUCGGCGCCAGAUUUUGGAUGAUAAAACAGGGCCUACGCUCUCGCAUGCAUCGUCACCCCGCCCCGUCUCUAGACGUUCAACCACUACAAUGUCCACGUAUAAGGGUUCUUGCCUCUGCCAGGCCGUCCAAUAUGAGAUCACGGUACCCGAAGGCGGCCAGCAAUCGUACACCGUCUGCCACUGCAAGGACUGUCAAAAGUGGAGCGGAUCGGCAUUUACGACCAACUUCGUUCUGCCCACCUCAGGCAUGAAACUCACCAAAGGCACAGAGGGCGCCGAGAUCAAGGCCUACACGGUGACCAAGACCACCAGCGGGAACGCGCUCGGGCGGUAUUUCUGCGGCACGUGCGGCUCGGCGCUGUACGACAAGACGGCGGCGAACGAUGGGAUCGUCAUUCUGCAGACGGGUACGCUCGACGACGCCUUUGAUGCGGUCGUGCACCCGACGCAGGAGAUCUUCUGUCUGGACCGCCGGGCGUGGCUGAAGCCCACGGAUGGCCUCAAGCAGGUGGAGAAGAUGUUUGAUACGGGAAGUUGAACUAUGGGCGUGUCAGAAGAUCGAGGGUGGGUUGAGAGCAGCCGUGUUGUAUAAAUGGGUUUUCGAAAGUGACGUGACUGAGACGAUCAAGUAAAACGCUAUUUUAUGAGCCAUAAGAGCAUUUUGACUGGUGUUAGAAGCGAUGAGAGAUGUGAUGCUGCGAUGAACCAAGCCGUCGAGAGGCC